ACCAUAUGAACUUUCUAGUCCAAAUUCAUCAUGUAUAAACGACUCAUGGAGACCCCAAUUCAGCAAACCCAGUAGACCUACAGAAUCUUGUUUCUUGCUCUGUUCUCACAUCAUUCUCUCCAAGAUGAAGCCUUUGAAGCUCAAGUUUCUAGAAAUUUCUCUGUUUUUUCUUAUACUCUGUUUCACGCACGUGGUAGCAGAUCAAUCCAGGACAACAUACAUAAUUCACAUGGACAGGACCAACAUGCCGGAGAGCUUCACCGAUCAUGUUCAAUGGUAUGACUUCUCGUUGAAAUCUGUUUCUGAUUCUGCUUCCAUGUUGUACACUUACAGCAACGUAAUCCAUGGCUUCUCCACCACUCUGACUGCUGAGGAAGCCGAGGCACUGGAAGAGCAACAGGGGAUUCUCUCUGUAAUUCCUGAAUUGAGAUAUGAAUUGCACACGACUAGAACACCCCAGUUCCUUGGGUUGGGGACGAGCAGUAAUUUAUUCCCCACGUCUGAUUCGCUCAGCGAGGUUAUUGUUGGUGUGUUGGACACCGGUGUCUGGCCGGAACUGAGGAGUUUCGACGAUGGAGGGCUUGGGUCGGUGCCGAUGAAGUGGAAAGGGGAGUGUCAGGUGGGUAAGAACUUCAAUUCGUCCAGCUGCAAUAAGAAACUAAUUGGUGCAAGGUACUUCUUAAAUGGGUAUGAAGCAGCCUUCGGACCGAUCGAUGAAACCGUCGAAUCAAAAUCGCCAAGAGAUGACGACGGACAUGGAACUCACACGUCAACUACGGCGGCUGGGUCGGUGGUUCUGGACGCUGACUUAUUUGGUUUUGCUUCAGGGACAGCGCGGGGAAUGGCUACACAAGCCAGAGUUGCCAUUUACAAGGUGUGCUGGCUUGGCGGUUGUUUUGGGUCUGAUAUUUUAGCCGCCAUCGAUAAGGCUGUUGCAGACGGCGUGGAUAUCUUGUCUAUGUCGAUCGGUGGAGGAUCAACAGAGUAUUACAUGGACACUGUGGCUAUAGCAUCAUUCUCGGCAAUGGCACAUGGAAUUCUUAUUUCUUGCUCUGCCGGCAAUGGUGGGCCGUCGGAAAGUAGUUUGUCCAAUGUUGCACCGUGGAUAACUACAGUAGGAGCCGGAACUUUGGACCGUGAUUUCCCCGUCUCUGUUACUCUAGGCAACGGGAAAAAUUACUCCGGCGUCUCACUUUACAGUGGAAAGACAAUAUCUAAUGUCAUGGUGCCUAUUGUUUAUGCCGGAAAUGUCAGUAAUUCAAGCAGUGGUAAUCUCUGCAUGACCGGAAGUUUGAUUCCGGCUAAAGUCACGGGAAAAAUUGUGUUAUGUGAUCGAGGGAGCAACUCUAGGGUGCAGAAGGGAUUGGUGGUGAAGAAGGCUGGUGGCACUGGGAUGAUCUUAGCCAACACGGAGUAUUACGGGGAAGAGCAGGUCGCGGACGCACAUCUAUUGCCUUCAUCGGCGGUAGGGGAGAAAGCUGGCGAUGCUAUCAAAAAAUACAUCUUUACCGACGCUAACCCAACCGCCACAAUAGGCACUGGAACCACAAAGCUGGAUGUUCAACCAUCUCCAGUGGUGGCGGCGUUCAGUUCUAGAGGUCCAAAUCCAGUCACUCCCGAGAUACUUAAACCGGACAUUAUUGCACCAGGAGUGAAUAUAUUGGCUGGGUGGACGGGUGGUGCUGCUCCGACUGGUUUGGAUGAGGACCAAAGAAGGGUAAACUUCAAUAUCAUUUCAGGCACAUCAAUGUCUUGCCCACACCUAAGUGGGUUAGCAGCUCUAGUCAAGGCCGCUCAUCCUGAGUGGAGUCCAGCAGCCAUUAGAUCCGCCCUCAUGACUACCUCCUACACAGGGUACAAAGAUGGCAAAAUCAUCCAGGAUGUUGCCACCGGACUACCAGCAACCCCGUUUGAUUAUGGUGCCGGGCACGUUGAUCCAGUAGCAGCCCUUGAUCCCGGCCUUGUUUAUGACAAUGCUGUUGAAGACUACUUGUAUUUCCUCUGUGCCUUGAACUACUCAGCAACUCAAAUCAAGCGAGCCACAAACAGAGCCUUCACCUGCGAUUCAAGCAAAACGUACUCACUAGCAGAUUUCAAUUACCCUUCCUUUUCAGUCCCUCUCGAAACUGCUUCAGGAAAAGAGGGCGGUGCCAGCGUCACAACCACAUUGAAAUAUUCCAGGACCGUGACUAAUGUGGGUACGCCGGCAACAUAUAAGGUUUCGCUGGUUUCACAAGCAAAAGAAGUCAGAAUUGCAGUUGAACCAUCAUAUCUAAGUUUCAGCGAAAAAGGUGAGAAGAAGAGCUAUACUGUGACAUUUACGGUUAGUUCCAUGCCAUCUGGAACAGUCAGCUUUGCUACCCUGGGAUGGUCAGACGGGAUACACACUGUUAGUAGCCCGAUAGCUUUCACCUGGACAUGAUACUAAUGGCAAUUGUAAUGGUAGAUGACUCUAAAUACUGGAUUGCCACAGUGCCUGCAAAGCACAAACAGUCUUUCUUUACAGCAUAAUGAUCUGUUCUGUACUUUCAAUAUUGUGGCAAUUGUGCAGGCAAUGGCAGUUGUGUGUGUAACAAAACAUUGAGAAAAUCAGGGGGCAAGAAUAACUAUAAAUGGUGGAGGAGGGCUUGGGAUUGCAAAUAAUUGUACAGCAGCCCGUGGUAGGGACUGUCAAGGUGAAUUUAGACAGAAUUCCCAGUUGUCUUUCUUGUUUAUAGAUUUAGGACUCUCGUAAAGUUCUCAUCUUUCAUGGCAUGCAUUAAAAAAGAGCAGAAAAAUGAAAAUAGGAGUUGUCGAUUUCAUAAUCUUUUCCUAAAAGAAAUCUGCACAAAACUCACAGCCUAAAGGAAUCAAGGAUGGUUAAUCACUUGAUCUACUACAGAUUUUGAGUCUCCACAGCAAGUCAGCAUAGUAGU